AUGCGAGCAACAUCCUUUGGCGCAAUCUGGGCUGUCCUGGUGACGCCCAUCCUCGCGAGAGGUGUUUACCUCUCCGAGCGAGAUCUCAAGGCCCUGCCUCCUGUCCGAAAGGACAUGCUGCAAAAGCGGGCAGACUUCUCGGAGGACAUCAACUUCUCCGAGGUUGACAAGGACAUCAUCAAUGUUGACUUGGCGGACAACAAGCUCCAAGUCCACUGUAACAAGUGUGAGGUUGGAGGUCGAGUCGACGCAGACUUUAAUGCAAACAUCCUCAACCCUCCCGAGUCUGAGUUCAAGAUCUCUUUUGCCGAGACAAAGGGCCACAUCGACAUGACUGUUGCUGUUGGCUCUGGCGCUGAACAGGUCAUUCCCCUGUGGAAUACCCAGGGCGUCCCCACCGAUGAAGCUCAAGGCCUUGCACUCUUUCUCGAGUUGGUGGUUUCGUUGGACGGUGAGCUGGAGGCUACUGGCGGCUUUGAGUUCACCAUCCCAGAAGGAUCUUGGCUUUCGGUUGACCUGAAAGGGGACAUCGUCGAAACCAGCUUUGAUAGCGCAACGGGCAACUCCCUCGAGUGGGAUCUCGCUAGCGGCUCCUCGACGCUCAAAGUCUCUCUCCGCCUGCGAACCGAGCUCGGUGCCGGUAGCAAACUAGUGGAUCUGAGAGCCGCGGUGGGAGUCUUUAUGAACCUCGUCGAGCUUGUCGUCGACUUUGAGAGGGACGACAACAACGCGGUCUGCGUCCUCGAGGCUACUGAAUCGUUCAACAUCAAUGCUGGCGUGUAUGCCGACAUCAACCUUGAUAUCGGCCAGGCUACUCUGGGCCCUAACCCUACCGCGGUGACUACUUUGUUCACCGGACCGACAGCGGCUCAGUGCCUAGAGUCCGCUACAGUGACCGAGGGAAAUGGGGUUACCCAGUCUAACGCUGUUGUCACGCAGACUCAGGGUGGUCCUUCUGCCACUGAUGACUGCGAUGAGGCGGUUGAGACUGGAGUUGUCGGCCCCAGCCAGAAGCAGCCAACGGCGUCGACUUUCAGCACCUUCGUCACAUCGCGCCGGGUCGCAACUGUCACUGAGCAUGUUGUCGUCACUGUCACGGAGAUUGCUCAAGCCCAUACUACUAUCUGCCCCGAAGACGAAUGA